AUGUCUGACACUAAUGUCACGAUACUACACAUCAACGAUUACCACAAUCGAUUCGAACCUGCCAACCAAGAUGGAGGCAGGUGUACUGUAAUGGACGAGACAUUGCAUCAGUGUUAUGGCGGGUUUGCUAGAUUGGUCACACAGGUGGAUGAAUUACGAUCUACAAAAUCCAAUGUGCUGUUGGUCGACGCCGGUGACCAAUAUCAGGGGACCUCCUGGUUUAUAGUAUUUCAAGGUAAAGCAGCGGGGUAUUUCAUGAAUUAUCUUCAGUAUGACGUCAUGGCGCUUGGUAACCAUGAAUUUGACAGUGGUAUAUCUGGAUUGGUUCCAUUCCUGGAGAAUGUGACUUUUCCAGUAAUCUCCGUCAAUAUUGAUGCCACUCACGAACCACAACUUGAUAUGUUAUAUCGUCCGUCGGCGGUCUUAGAUUUAGAUGGCGGUGACAAGAUCGGAUUUAUAGGAUAUACAACUCAGGACACUCCAAUUUCAACAUCGACAGGCGACUUGAUAUUUCUUGACGAAAUCGAGGCCAUUCAAGCGGAGGUAGAUCGGCUAACCAGUGAGGGAAUAACUAAAAUCGUUGCACUUGGGCAUUCUGGGUAUACGAAGGAUUUGGAAAUUGCCGAGAAAGUUCGAGGGGUGGAUUUGGUCAUUGGUGGACACUCCCACACCUUGCUGUACUCGGGCGAACCUCCUGUACCAGAAGACGUUGCAGAAGGACCGUAUCCAACAUUAGUAAAUUCGGCACAUGAACUAUCGUAUAUAGUUCCUGUUGUAACUGCAUAUAGGUACGGUAAAUACUUGGGACAUCUCCAAUUAACGUUUGAUGAUGAUGGUAACCUAGUUGGUUGGGAAGGAAAUCCAAUAAUAUUAGAUAGCUCGGUGGCUGAAGAUACAGAUGCACUAAACGAAGUUGGUAAAUGGAGAAGUGAUUUAAAUGCUGCCACGGCUGAGAUUAUAGGUGAGACUCAUGUAUUUCUUGAUGGCAGAGGAGAAAGUUGUCGCUUCAAGGAAUGUAACAUGGGUAAUAUGCUGUGUGAUGCGGCUAUAUGGUACUAUCAUAAAGUGGGUGUCAAGGAUGCAAACUUGGCCAUAUGGAAUGGUGACGGAAUCCAAGAAUCUUUCUAUGAAGGUAACAUUACUCUGGGCGAUCUCAUGAAUGUAUUGCCGUACGAGGACACAAUAGAUUUGCUGGAACUGAAGGGUGCUGACAUCAUGGAUAUUUUGGAAUAUUCUGUACAUUUGUAUGACGGAGUGAGUGGCGAAACUGGAUUUUUACAGAUGGGAGGUAUACGUGUGACCUUUGACACGAAUAUGCCAGCCUACCAACGCGUCGUUAAAGCAGAAGUGAUAUGCUCUGAGUGUGACGUGCCCCAGUUUGUUACUUUGGAUAUGGAUACAACUUAUAAAUUGAUCUGUAAUUCAUUCCUGGCAGCUGGGGGACAUGGAUACAGCAUGAUCGUCGAUAACAAGUUGUCACAUCAUAUUGGUAAAAACAAGUUUUUUUAA